CUACUAGUACUAUUAAUUUUAGUUUUCCAUUACGACGUCCCUCCUGCAAAUUUGAACUCCUAUUAUUUCGCGGCUCCUCCUAUAUCUAUCUACUGAGUACUAAUAUCAGAAUCAAAGAUCAAUUCGGAGGGGAGGGGAGGGGAGGAGAUGACGGGAUUAAUGAACAACAAAAAAUCGGCUUCUACAUCCUCAGAUGGCGGUAUCAUCCCAACAGAAGACACCCCUCUUCUUCUACAGGGAAAGUCUCCCAAACAACAACCGCCACCGCCUCUUUCCUCUCAAUCAAAAGCAUUCGCCAAUGUCUUCAUCGCCAUCGUGGGCGCCGGCGUUUUGGGCCUCCCCUACACCUUCAUGAAAUGCGGAUGGUUCACCUCUCUCCUCAUGAUCUCCGCCGUCGCCGCCCUAACCUGCCAUUGCAUGAUGCUCCUCAUCCACACCCGCAAAAAACUCGAGGACUCUUCUUCAAACAUCACCAUCACCUCCUUCGGUGACCUGGGUUUUGCCGUUUGUGGCCCCAUUGGCAGAUUCACCGUCGAUUUCAUGGUCGUCCUCUCCCAAACUGGAUUCUGCAUAGGCUACCUCAUUUUCAUCGGUAACACCUUAGCCUCUCUCUUCAAUUCAUCACCCAAUGUAAGACUCUCCCCCAAAAUAUGGGGAUUCACUGCCAAAAGCUUUUACAUUUGGGGUGUUUUCCCAUUCCAAUUAGGGUUAAAUGCAAUCCCGAGUUUGACCCUUUUAGCCCCCCUGAGUAUAUUUGCUGACAUUGUCGACGUGGGGGCAAUGGGGAUUGUGAUGGUUGAGGAGGUGUUGACGGUUGUGAAGCAAAGGCCAGCUGUUGAGGCCUUCACGGGUUUCUCUGCUUUCUUUUAUGGUUUGGGAGUGGCUGUGUUCUCGUUCGAAGGGGUUGGCUUAGUUUUACCGCUAGAAUCAGAGAUGAAGGACAAGAAGAAAUUUGGAAAAACAUUGGGAUUGACCAUGUUGUUCAUUGCAGUGUUGUAUGGAUCAUUUGGAGCACUGGGUUACUUUGCUUUCGGUGACGACACAAGAGAUAUAAUCACGGGUAACUUGGGAAAAGGAUUGCUCAGUACUUUGGUUCAACUGGGCCUCUGUAUAAAUUUGUUCUUCACCCUCCCGUUGAUGAUGAACCCAGUUUAUGAGGUGAUGGAGAGAAGGUAUUGGGAUGGGAGGUAUUGCUUGUGGAUGAGAUGGAUGCUGGUUUUGGUGAUCAGUUUUGUGGCUCUUUCUGUCCCCAAUUUCGCUGAUUUCAUGUCGCUGGUGGGGAGUAGCAUAUGUUGUGCAUUAGGUUUUGUUUUGCCUGCUUUGUUCCAUUUUCUUGCAUUCAAGAAUGAGAUGGGGUGGAAAGGACUCUAUUUGGACAUGGGCAUUAUUAUUCUUGGAGCUGUUCUUGGGGCUACAGGUACUUGGUCUUCCUUAUUAGAAAUUGUCUCCGUGAAGGUAUGAUUUUGAGAUUCAAUACAGGUGGGUUGUCAUGGUCCAA